GAAAUUUUCAUUUUUCACUCUCUCUCUUCAAAGACUCCGCUUUCUGGAUCUGUAAUAAUUAUGGAAAUCGUGUCAGAUACGUCGCCGACGGCGAGGCCAUCCUACUGGUGCUACAACUGCACCCGUUUGGUUCAGGUUUUGUCUCUGCAAGAUAGAAACGGCGACGGCGUCUCUUGUCCCUAUUGCGAUGGAGGAUUCAUCGAGGAGAUAGACUCAGUCAAUCACACACAUCAGAUUCCGACCGUGUACGUCAUAGCUGGUAACAGUGGGACACAUCACGAUUCCCAUCUCUCCAGACUCCUAGGAUUCCGCCGUAAUAGGCGGGGCGCCGCUGACCGGUCAAACUUGAAUCACAUCAUCGUCCUGCGUGGUUCGCCCGACUCGGAAGACGACAACAACAACGCGUUCGAGUUUUACCGUAACGAUGGGUCCGGGUCCGGCCUGCGACCGGUACCGGCGUCCGUGUCGGAAUCGUUGAUGGGUUCGGGUUUCGAUCGGAUACUCGAACAGCUGUCGCAGAUCGAAUUGGCAGGAUUCGGGCAACUUGGGAACCAGCCAGCAUCCAAAUCCGCAAUCGAAUCGAUGCCGACGGUGGAAAUAGAAUCGACACACGUCAGCUCCGAAUAUCACUGUGCUGUCUGUACGGAACCCUUCGAGCUUGGAAUCAAGGCUCGGGAGAUGCCCUGUAAGCACAUAUACCACGAAGACUGCAUCAUCCCCUGGCUCUCAAUUCGAAACUCGUGCCCCGUUUGCCGGCACCAGAUGCCGGCAGAUCACAGUGAAGAAAAUGGGUCGGAUAGUAUGGGGUCGGUGGGGCUGAGCAUAUGGCGGUUGCCAGGUGGCGUGUUUGCGGUGGGGAGAUUCAGGGGAGAGAGAGAAGCGGCAGCGCCGGUGACGUACAGUGAGGCGGAUGGUGUAGACGAUGGCCCGAGGAGAGUUUCGUGGAUCGGGAUUCGGCGGAGGGAGAGCAGAUUUAGGAGGGUUGUUAGAAAUCUUAUUUCGAUUUUUAGGUCGAACGGCGGUAGGGGUGAAUCUCGGUCGAUUCGCCGUAGUAGAUGAAUUUUUGGAAGUCAAUGAGAAAAAAAAAAAAAGGAAAAGAAAUUCAUUAUUUUGCC